AGUCAAACUUGCAGCAGUGUCUUAUAGUUUUUUCUACCUUCUCAAGGCUCUUGGCCACUUCCUCCUAAACAAACUGAUUGGCCGCAUCUCUGUGAUUCGUUUCCCUCCACAAGGAGAGAAAAGGGCUUGCCUGUACAGGUGCCAUCAGAAACCUUCACUUUACCACAGGUCUGUUUCAAUACUUGUCAGUUUCUUUAUAAUAGUGGAUGUGUGUAUGUGUGUGUGUGUCAGAGAGCAAAUAUCAUACACACAUAGGGUACACACUUAAUGCCAGACCCACUUCUUCACCUCCUUCAAUGUGUUAUGUCUGAUGUGUGAGUGUGAGUAUGACAUGUUCAGUGAGUAUGUUCUGGGUAUAAGGCUUGCACACAGCCAAACGCAACACACACACACACACACACACACCCCUUGCCUUCUGCCAGAGUUCACAGGCACAGCGACUGUGUCGAGUAGAGGAAACGGGCUUUCCUGGAAUUGUCGGGAAUGAGAGCUUUCCUGUUGUGCCGUUAAAAAAAAAAAAAAAACUCCAGCCAGAUCACUGAGUUUAUCAGACGGGCGCUCCUGCUCGCGGAAAUCCCAGCGCACUGGGCGAGUGUGUGGAGACAGUCAUGCCACCUAUUUAGUCGUCUUAGACUUGCUUGAGCUGUGUCUAGCUCGGGAUCAGCGGGCUCUCUCUCGGGCAGUCAGGGGAUUUGGCUCGUUAGCUCGCGUCGUCCGCCAAAGACAUGGCUCCACAAAGUACAGCGGGGCGAAAUCCAUCGGUGGGUCGUGGCCAUGUUUUACUGCAUAGCUGUGCGGCUUCCCUGGAUUUCGCUGACGACAUCCCCUUGUGGCUCCGCCUGACAGGAUGGACGCGCUGGAGUCGGAGCUGACCUGCCCAAUCUGCCUGGAGCUCUUUGAGGACCCGCUGCUCUUGCCCUGCGCCCACAGCUUGUGUUUCGGCUGCGCCCACCGCAUCCUGGUCUCCCACUGCGCCUCCAACGAACCCGUGCAGUCCAUCGGCGCCUUCCAGUGCCCCACGUGCCGCUAUGUCAUCUCUCUGAGCCCGCAGCGCGGCCUGGACGGACUCAAACGCAACGUCACACUUCAGAACAUCAUCGACCGCGUGCAGCGGGCCUCCUCCUCCCACUCGUCCAACGCCCUGCUGUUGCCCCCGAGUGGGCCCAGCUCGCCCGCCGAGGACGGGCGCUACCCGCUGCCGCUCGCCGCCAUGACAACCAUGCCACUCCCCGAACCCAUACAGUGCCAGUUCUGCGAGCAGGACCCGCCGCAGGACGCGGUGAAGACGUGCGUCACCUGCGAGGUGUCGUACUGCGAGGAGUGCCUGCGCGCCACGCACCCCAACAAGAAGCCCUUCACCGGCCACCGGCUCAUCGAGCCGCUGCCCGACUCGCACCUGCGCGGCCUGCAGUGCUUGGAGCACGAGGACGAGAAGGUGAACAUGUACUGCGUCACUGACGAGCAGCUCAUCUGCUCCCUCUGCAAGCUGGUGGGCCGGCACCGCGACCACCAGGUGGCAGCGCUGAACGAUCGCUACGAGAAGCUCAAGCAAGCACUGGAGUCUAACCUCGGCAGUCUGAUCAAGAGGAAUAAUGAGCUGGAAUCCCUGAUGGGGAAGUUGAUUCAGACCUGUCAACAUGUGGAGGUGAAUGCAUCCCGCCAGGAAGGCAAGCUGAUGGAUGAGUGUGACCUCCUGAUUGAAAUCAUCAAUCAGAGAAGGCAACUCAUUGGCACAAAGAUCAAAGAGGGCAAGGUGGUGCGCAUGCGAAAACUGGCCCAGCAGAUUUCUAACUGCAAGCAGUGCAUUGAUCGGUCCUCCGCCCUCAUCACGCAAGCUGACCAGACGCUGAAGGAGACAGAUCACGCCCGCUUCCUGCAGUCGGCCAAGAGCAUCUCUGACAGAGUCUCCAUGGCAACGGCAUCUUCCCAGGUGUUGAUUCCUGAGAUAAACUUGACAGACACGUUUGACACUUUUGCCCUUGAUUUCACCCGGGAGAAGAAGUUGCUGGAGAGUUUGGAUUAUCUGACUGCUCCGGACCCUCCUAACAUAAGAGAGGAACUGUGCACAGCCUCCUACGACACCAUCACUGUUCACUGGACCUCGGACGAUGAGUUUAGUGUGGUGUCAUACGAGCUUCAGUACGCCAUCUUCACCGGCCAGUCCAACAUCGUCAGUCUGUGUAACUCCAUGGACAGCUGGAUGAUUGUGCCCAACAUCAAGCAGAACCACUACACUGUCCAUGGUCUGCAGAGCGGGACGAAGUAUAUCUUCAUCGUCAAAGCCAUCAACCAGGCUGGUAGCCGCAGCAGUGAGCCAGGGACCCUCAAGACCAACAGUCAACCAUUCAAGCUUGACCCCAAGUCCGCUCACAGGAAACUGAAGGUCUCCCAUGACAACUUGACGGUGGAAAGGGAUGAGACAUCCUCAAAGAAAAGUCAUGAUAAGGAACGUUUCAGCAGCCAGAGCAGCUAUGGGGUCACUGCAAAUGUCUACAUAGACAGCGGACGCCAUUAUUGGGAGGCUCUGAUUGGAGGAAGCAGCUGGUACGCAGUGGGCAUUGCCUACAAGUCUGCCCCCAAACAUGAAUGGAUCGGCAAGAAUUCAGCUUCCUGGGUGCUGUGUCGCUGCAACAACUCUUGGGUGGUGCGCCACAACAGCAAGGAGCUGGCCAUCGAGCCGUCCCCCCACCUGCGCCGCGUGGGAGUGCUCCUCGACUACGACGUGGGCACCGUGGCCUUCUACGACGCCGUGGGCUCCCAGCACCUGCACACCUUCCACGUCUCCUUCUCCCAGCCAGUCUGUCCCGUCUUCAACGUGUGGAACAAGUGUCUGACAGUGCUCACCGGCCUGCCCAUCCCAGACCACCUGGAGGGGGUUGAACUCCUCGACUGACCUCAAAAUAAAAAGUCACCUUGGGGGGCUCUGUUGGGAGAUGCAAUGGGCAGCUUCAGAACUCUUUGGACCAACUCAGGCCACCUAAAACAACCCCCCCCCCCCUCCAUUAAGUCACAGUAGGCACCUUGGACCAUACCUGUUUUCUCUCGCCCCUCCAUGUGAGAUGUAGCACUCUAGUAAGUAGGAAAAUGGAUGCAGGAAGACCACACAAUUUGUGGUGCAAUAUAAAGCCCUAAAAUGCAAAUAUAUUUAUGUCGUUAUCUUGCUCAUUUUAUUGAAAACUAUAUGUCAGUCCCUCCAGGAUCUCAGGAGGGUUUGUGGUGAUUGUGGAGGCCAAAAGCGACCAGGAUCUCACAAGGGUUUGUGGUGAUUGUGGAGGCCAAAAGCGACUGAAAUUGCUGUUGGAAUUCUGAAAAGAUGGCAGUGAUUUUGAGUUCAAUAAAAUCAUUUGCAUGACUUUAUUUUGUUACAUUGUGGUAAUAGGAAAAUUGCAACCUGAAAUCCUUAAAUUUGCGUGAUUUAGCAAGAUGGCAAAAUCCUGGAGGGGCUGAUAUAUGCUGGCUUGCUUUACCAACAAAGGCAAUUCCAACGAGCAAAUGUGGAUGAACAGAUUAUCAAUUUGAAUCUAUUGUAGACUAUUCCUAACGUUUGCACAACUAUGUUUAUGCUUUAUUUAUGGAAAGGAUUAUUUAGGGAAAAGGGUGUUAUGUUUUAAAAAAUAUGGAUAUUAUGGUGCAACUGAUGUGACGUUCCUUCCAUUUAAUCAAAAGACAUUACUAGACAUUUUACAAUUCAGUUUACUUUCUUGUCCUUUUCAUCAUCAUGUGAACAUUAGUUACUUCAUCAUUUUUUGUCUGGUUGUGUGAUGGAUAAGAAAAUCUGGUUUCUUGCAUUUUUGUUUAAUUAAAUGGUCAAUUGAAAGAUUUAAAAAACACUGCAAGACUAAAUAUUGACACCAUACGCACCAUGGAACUGGUUUUGCUAAGGCACCCCAACACGUGUUUAAUGCUGUGUUUAUAUGUUACUGUCAAUAUCUAGUGUAGUUUGAAGAGAAACAUUUUACAGUACAUUUUGCUUAAGAAGGAAAACAGUGGGCAUCAAGCUCAUCAACUUGGUAUGCAGAUAUUGUUUAUUAUUCUCCAGAUGAAAAUAUAGUGGUCUAACGUUUAUUUCUUAAAAGAUAAUGGAAAGUGGAAAGAUAAUAUUUACAGAUAAAUCAAUAGAUUGUGUCACUGUACAGUACAAUUUCUAUUUGUUGAAGACUUAAAUAAAACAUAAUGACCACAUUAUCUA